GUCAGCUCAUUACUUAUUCCCAUGGAAGCCAAGUAUAUAACUGAUAUCGAAUAACCUUUUGUAAAGCAAGUCUUACAAAAACAUGAAGAGUAUCAUUCUGAUUGGAUUUCUCACUUGCCUGUUCGUGGCUGUGAGUGCUCUGAACGAGACGUGUAAGACGAACGAUGACUGUGCCGAAGAUGAGUGCUGUGUUGAAAUUGUCAGAUUUUUCUCUUCCAAAUGCAAGAAGCUCAGGAAAGAAGGUGAUUUCUGCUUGAAAGGUGCUGAAGAACAUCAACUUGAGGAUAAAUAUAAGUUUGCCUGCCCGUGUGUUGAAGGACUUGUUUGUAAACCAGCAAAAACUGUAGAUGAGAAUGGGGUCGCUUCAUUUUUAGAAGACAAAUGUCAAAAAGAGUGAUCAUAUGGUAACCCAAAGUGUCUUGACGUUUUAGUGACUUGCUUCAUAUGUUUAUGUUGUUUUGAUUUGUACCGAAUUUGUUUUUAUUAAAUUUGAACUGAAAAGAUUGUACUUAAUUAGUGAUU